AUGCCUCUCCAUCUCCUCGGCAAAAAGUCAUGGAACGUCUACAACCCAGAAAGCAUCGCCCGCGUCCAGCGCGAUGAGGCACAAGCCAAGGCCCGCGAGGAGGAGGAUGAGCGUCGCAUGCAAGAGGUCGACGCCGAGCGCCGCGUUCAGAUCCUCCGCGGUGAACGUCCAUCCACUCCCCCUCCACCGCCGCCGCCUGUAUCAUCCGACCGAGCCCCCCGAUCAGACCGCAAGGCUACCGAUGACACGGGCGGAUACCGGAAAAGAAGACGUCUCGCGGGCGAGGACGACACGGACCGCGAUAUCCGUCUAGCGCGCGACGAUGCCGCGCGAGCAACUGCGAAACGCGACGAGCUGGUUCUCACCUCCCGCCGUAAGGAUAGUGAUGUCCAAGCACCGCUCGUAGAUGGCGCAGGCCAUAUCAACCUGUUUCCUGCAGCGAAACCAAAGGCAGAGAAAAACCCAGAGGCCGAGGCCGAGGCUUCGCGGAAGAAACGAAGCUAUGAAGAUCAAUAUACCAUGCGAUUCUCGAAUGCGGCAGGGUUCAAGGAGAUAGCGGGGCGGAGGCCGUGGUAUUCGUCCGCAGAGCAGGACGCUCGAGCGCCAGCUUCCAUGUCUGAAAAGGAUGUCUGGGGAAAUGAAGAUCCCCGGCGCAAGGAGAGGGAGAAGGCGCGGAUGGAUGCGAAUGAUCCUCUUGCGGCUAUCAAGCGCGGCGUGAGGCAGCUGAAAGCCACGGAGCAGGAGCGGAAACGCUGGAAUGAGCAGAAGCGGAGGGAGAUCGAGGCCUUGAAGGCUGAAGAAGGGCAGCGGUCGAGUCUGCGCCGUCGGAAACGGUCACCAUCCGCAGGCAGUUUGGAAGACUUCCAGCUUGACGCGCCGGCUGGACGGGAGUGUGACGAUAGGCAUCGGCGGAGCACCCCCCAUCGACAUCGGAGCAGCCACCGGGAUCGUAGUCGAGAUCGCUCGCAUCGGAGUCACCGGCACUCCUCAUCGCGAAGUCAUCGCCAUCACGACGGAGCCUCUGACAAAGAUCAGCGCUCAAGGAAGACAGAGAGAGGCAGAGCUUAG